UCUACUUGUAAAAGUUUGGGCUGCAAUCCUCAAGGCAUUGCUGCUGACAGGCUUCGAUGCUUGGUUCCGCAAUACCGAAGAUCGGUGGUAAAAGCAAAGGCCUUAGAUACAACUGAAUGUGCUGCUAUGGUUAAUACCAAUUCCCGCAGAGACUUUCUUGGAUUGGCUUUGGGAAUCUCAAGCCUCUUUGUUGGUUCAUUGGAAGCCAAAGGAGCUGGUUUGCCCCCGGAAGAUAAGCCGAAACUAUGUGAUGAAGCUUGUGAGAAGGAGCUUGAAAAUGUGCCUAUGGUAACUACUGAAUCAGGUUUGCAAUACAAGGAUAUUAAAGUUGGACAAGGUCCUAGUCCCCCAGUUGGAUUUCAGGUAGCAGCUAAUUAUGUAGCAAUGGUUCCUUCUGGACAAGUAUUUGAUAGGAAAAGAAGCGAAAGAUCAAUGCAGAAAAGAAGAGGAAAGAGCUCGAGAAGGAGAGAGCGAAGGAUGAACUUCUGACGAGAAAGCUCCAGAGAGAGGAAAGACGAGUGAGAUACCGUGCGCAAUGUGGUAUGAA